CAACAACAGCGAUCAUAUUAUGAUUCCAAGAAAUAAAUUCAAUAAUCCUAAUGUUUUUCAACUUAAUAAUAAACAAAGUGAUGAGGAAAAUGAUGACCAUCAGAAAAAUCCACAGAAUCAGCAGUCAUCAUCAUCAUUGAUAAAUAAAAAUGAAAAAAAUCAAUCGAAAAAAAGGCGAACAAAACUUUCAUCAAAUCCUCAAACAAUGAUGGCUAUUAAUAGACAUCCGGAAAAUUUAUUACGAUUAUAUCGUCCACGUUUUAAACAUCGAAAACGUUUCCGUAAAAUUCGACUUCCGAAUGGUCAUCGUUUUAUUCGAAAAGAUAACAAUACAUUAGCAACAACAACAACGAUUAUUGAUACGGAUGAUUCUGUUAGUAAUCAACUAUCAGCAACAACAACAAUACGACCAUCAUCAAGUACGAUCGAUGAUAUUUCCGAUUUCGAUAUAAAAAAAGUAGAAAAUAAUGAAAUUUUAAGACAAACAACAACCAUAUUACCCGAAAUAGAAACAUUAGAUUUGAUUAAUAGUACUCAAAAUGAUAAUGAUUCGGAAAUUUCAAUCAUGACAACAACAAUGGAGCCAACAAUAAAUGAAUUAAUAACCGAUAGACCUGAUGAAAUAAUAAGAACAACAACAAAUAAUUCAUCGAUCAAUAUUAUACCGGCUGAAGUUUUAAUCAACAGUACGAUCAAUAAUCGAUUGAUGAAUCAAACAAAUAAUUUUAAAAUAUUCUGUACAUAUGAUGCAUAUCGAUCGAUUCCAUUCGCCGAAAAUGACAAUGAUAAUAAUAAUAGUAGUAAUAAUGAUAAAGGUCGCUAUUUUGAUAUCGAUCAAUUGGAAAAGAAUUCAGUAUUUUUAAAAUAUUGUACCCAUCUAAUCUAUGCAUUUGCCAAUAUUGAUCUAAAUGGUGAAUUAUAUACCGGAUUGAAUACAAUGCAUCAGGAUAGUUUAGUUCGUGAUAGAAAUCGUGAAUAUAAUGAAGCAUUUCUUGUACGUUUUCGAAAACUUAAACAAAAUAAUCCACAUUUACGGUUAUUGAUCGCUGUAGGUGGAUGGGAUACACCACCGCAAUUGUUUUCGUUAAUGGUUGCAACUGGAAAACUUCGUGAACGUCUUAGUGAAAAUAUUUAUAAAUUUGUAUUUGAAAAUGGAUUCGAUGGUGCCAUCAUUGCAUGGUUCUAUCCAGUUUAUGGCAGUAAAUCAUCAAUGGAUUCUCGUUCAACACGUGCAACAAGCCAUAGCAUGUUUCAAUUUAAUGAUAAACAAAAUCUUAUAAAAUUUGUUCGGUCAUUGCGUAAGAAAUUCGAUUCGAUUAGUAGGAAAAAUCGUUUGGAAUUAGGAUUAAUGGUACCACCAUUUCAGGAUUUUAUUGAUCGUGGUUAUGAUGCAAAAAAAUUAGCUGAGUCAGUAGAUCAUUUGAUAUUGAUGACAUAUGAUUAUUAUGGAUCCUGGGAGAAUCAUGUACAUCAUUUUUCGCCACUAUAUGCACAGAACAGUUCAUUCGAUGAACGAAAUGUUAAAUUCAAUAUCAAUUCUACAGUCAACUAUUGGAUCAAAGAAAAACAAGCACCAAGAAAUCAGACAAUGAUUGGUUUCGCAUUUUAUGGACGAAGUUUUACUCUAGCCAAUCAUUCGAAUGGAAAAAUUGGUUCAUUAUCAAAUGGGCCAGGUUUAGCUGGACCAAUUACUAAUCGUCCUGGAUUGCUUUCAUUUAAUGAGUUAUGUGAAUUAUAUCUUGGUAAUCCAAACGUACGAUUAAGUGAAGACGAAUAUCGUAUAACAGCCAAUUUACAAUUGCAUGAUCAAUGGGUCGGUUUCGAUGAUGAGCUAAGCCUUUAUUUAAAAACAAAAUACGCUCUGGGCAAUCAUUUAUCCGGUAUAUUUAUAUGGUCAAUCAAUUAUGAUGAUUAUAGAAAUCGUUGUGGAUGGGGACAAUUUCCAUUAUUAAAAGCGGUGAAUAAAGCUGUCGAACAUUGUGCAUUAUGGAAACAAUGUUCACCAUACAUGAUAAGAGAUCAUCAUCAUCAUCAUCAGUCACAAAUAGCUCAAAACUCAUCAUCAUUACCAGUAACGACUAGAAGACGAAAAAGAUGAACAGAUGUCUAUUUGACGUUUUCAAUGGAUAAAUGUGAAAAAUUCCUCAGAAAAAGAAAAUUCUUUUCAUACAAACAUCCACACAUACAUGCACUAACAAAUACACUACAUUAAUAUUUUGAUGGGAUAGAAUAUAUUGUGCCUUUGGCUUGGAAUAUUGUUGUUGUUUGGUUUGAAAAACCAAUUUCUUUUUAUAUUUUUUUUUUCAACUGAAAUUUUAAACUUACACUUGUUCUCAUUAUAAUGAUGUUUGGAUUUUAUUACACAACAUACAUUACAUCACAUCACAAACAUACCGAGAAAGAGAAAAAGAGACGAUGAAAAAUCAAUC